CGAAAGUACUUGCAUCGGCAACCUACAGAUGGCAGCGACGUCAGCCCGUCGCCGCAGCACCGGUGCAACAUGAUCCGGCAGCUCGCCGUGUACUUUAAGGAUUUCGGGUGAAACAUGUUGUUUGUGAGCGCCGAUCGUGGCGCCACCUACGUUUGAGCGGUGGUGAACGGAUGUGGCCGCGCAGCUACGUGUGCGCGCCACUCAAGAUGGCGUGCCGCCUCAACAAGCGAACGUCUGUGGCGCGGCUGCUCGCGGCUGCACUCAUCGUCGGCAUUGCCGUGCCGCUGCUGCUGUACCACGUGUCCGGCAGCCGCCUGCGCUGGACCCGCACACGCAGCCCCGAGCCGCCAUUCCUCUGCCACCAGGAGGCGCCGACGCGGCCGCGGGCAGCCAACGAGCACGCGACGGGGGCGGGGCGGCCGCGGGUCGACGCCCGUGUGCUCCUGUUCGUCGAGACGCCGCUCUCGGAGCUCGGACGCGAACUGCGCGCGCUGCUAGACUGGAACCGCAUUCGCUACCGCGCGGAGGUUGCCGGUCGCGGCGCGCUGCCCGCGCUCACCAGCGCAGACAGGGGGCGCUACGCCGUGUUCGUGUUCGAGAGUGCCGAGCGCUACCUGGCGAUGGAGCGCUGGAACCGUGACAUCGUGAACAUGUACUGCCGCGAGUACGACGUCGGCGUUGUGUUGUUCGCCACGGGGGCGGCGGCAAGCGAACCGCGCCGCGGCGUCGAACUGCAGGGGUUCCCGAUGUUCGCUACGACGGGCGUGCCGCUGAGAGACUACGAGUUGAACGGCUACUCCAGCGUGCUGCGCGUGCUGCGCGCGGGGGAGACGCACCGUGGCCGCCUCCCCGCGCGAUGGACAACGUUCAACGCCAACCACUCGACGUACGAGACGGUGGCGCACGCGCGCGCCGCGUGGACGGACGACGCAGAGGGCGCCGGCGGCGGCGAGAUGCGCGCGGUCGUCGUCGAGGACAAGGGCUUCUUUGAUGGGAUUCGGCGCGUCUGGUUCGGUCAGGGAUUCGGGUUCUGGCUUCACCGGCCGCUGCUGCUCGACGCUCUCUCCUUCCUCUCUCAUGGCAAGCUGUCAAUCACACUCGACAGGUACAUGCUCGUUGAUAUUGAUGACAUUUUCGUCGGCGAAAAAAGCAGGAGGAUGACCCGGGAAGAUGUGAAGCCUCCCGUUGCCGGCGGCGACGGCGGUGUUAGGGAUGCAGCGAUCGUAAGCAAAUUGCAUCGCUGCGUCUCGCGGCAGACGAAGAAGUCACGGCGCGACCUCCGCUAG